AGGUGGCAUUCAAGUCCUGAAAAACUCUGCUUGGGGACGCUUAAAGAAGAAAAAAAAAUCAGAUUCAGUUACCCUCUACACUGCCGACUAUAUUUAAUUUCCCUGCUUUGGUUCUGUUAACUUCCACUGCUAUAAUACCCUUUCUCCAUAUCUCUCAUCCUUUAAGGAUUUGAAAAAUUCACCCUUCUUUCUUUGAGGAAAAAGAAAAAGAAAAUGAGCAGCCCUCCCAAGUAUGUUUGCUGCCACAGAAAUAGACAUCUUAUUAUUUCCUUGCUGUUUCUGCUGGUUUCAAGCUUCACCCAAGUUACAUUCAUGGCUGCAGAAGGAAGGUCUCUUUCCAGGUUGCUCGAGGUUGCCCAGAAAGGAUUUGAAAAAGAGAAGCAAUUGGUGAUGAGAAGUCUGAUAGGGUCAAGGCCACCGAGGUGUGAGAGAAGGUGCAGUUCUUGCCCCAACUGUGAGGCAAUACAAGUUCCUGUCACAACACUAUCCAAAAACAGGAGAACCCGCCAAUUCUCGGCUGCGUUCUUCUCGAUUUCUUACACUAGAGGCAAUGAUAUCUCAAACUACAAGCCCAUAAGUUGGAAAUGCAAGUGUGGCAACCUGGUUUACGACCCUUGAUUGAAGUAAA